UUUUCAACUAGGCAGCUGCAGUACUUGUGCACGUAUGUGGAAGGGUUAUCGCUGCAUACAUGUGCAGCUGUCUACGGGUGUCCUUGGACAUUCCCCUUCCAACAAGUCGGUGACACCAUCACCUUGGUUUGAGCCAUUGGAGAUUAUCAAGACGCCGCUCUUCGCUAUCGAAUCACGAUGAUCAAUCAUGGCGCAUACUCACUCGUUAAUUUUCUUGCCUCACUUCAUAAUGCACUUGUCGUACCCAUCACUAGUCCUCCUCUGUACAAAUCAACCAGAAGCAAUCCCACAUCAAUAGAGUAACAUACCGGAGAUUCCUUAUCAUUAAUUCCGUCUGUCCGUAUCUAGUAUUCGUACCUGUAUGCGGGUUUCCGCUCCGCCCGGAUGGUCACCCUUGUACACUUUCCGCCCUCAUGCGGAGAAAGGAAUUUAUUUCAUAAUACCCAACAACUCUACUUCAAGACUCUCGCAUACCUCAAUGAACGCAUUCUAUAAUACGAGACUUGGAUAUCUCAUUGUUCUAUAACUUCUGAAUCGUUUUGCUUCACAACUACAUUGUCAUCGUCAGUGCUGCUGGACAGCUACCGCGGGCAUAAAUCGAUUUUCUACAACGGAUCCCCGCCUCUAUCGAAUCGAUUCUUCUUGCUUUUACGAGUACUGAAACCGUUGCUCUGUACACCAUCGCAGCAGGAGCCAUACCACCGAGGGAAGCGAUCUCAAGUGAACACCCAAAAACCACAACUGUGGAAUCAGAAGCCGUUGGAGCACAGAGUCUGUCUGGGACAGACACCAAGCGUCCAGAACGACGCUGACACCUUCACAACACCCGACUUUCCCAUCCCUCGUUUCCUCCAACAACCAUGUCUGAUCCACCACAAAUCCAAAUCCCGACUCCCACAUCCCUGACCUCGACGUCGACCUCGCUCCCGCCAGAGACCUCACAGGCGCUCAUCGCCCACCUCCGCGCGACGGGCCAAAUCUCCGACCUCUCAGACAUUCUCGCCGACUCACUGGCCCGGACGGGCUGGACGGACCGAGUGCGCGCGCUUUCCCUCGAACUCUUGCGCAACGGGACCUGCGACACGUUUCCCGAAUUGUUGACCGAAGUCCUACGGCGAGCCAAAAUCCCCAAAUCCAACACAUCAGCCGCAUCCUCAAAUUCCAACAUCAACAGCAAAACGAACGGCACGUCGACGUCGACAGCGACGAACGGCGCAACAACAGGAGGAGGGGUCACAGGGAACAACGCGAUAGCCCUGAGUAAAGAAUGGUCGGGAGGUCCAGACGGCUUACCCGAUGUGCGCAUACCCGAGACAACCGUCGAGAUGGGCGUGAAUUUUCUCAAGGGCAAGAUCAAAGAUGUUGUGGAGCCGAUUCAAGAUGAGAGUGACUGAGAGUUUACGGAGUAAUGCAUGCCAACAGUAGAUCAAUCUGGAUCAAAAGUUGUAAUAGGAGGCUGGAUACGAAUUGAAUAUGGCCAUCAGGGUGUGUAUUGGAUAGGCGGAGCAUACCAUUCUAUUCUUUCGAAAGUUGUACUCAAGCGCACCCCCAAGACAAGGGCGGCCGCCUCACGGCGAAGACUUUUUGCAGACCAACGACCAAGGUUACGAGGCAAGGGGUCGCAAUGAAAAAUGUGUAGCCUGCAACGCUUCACGUUCAAAUUCUCAAAAGGCCACCUCCAAAGGGCCACUUUGCAUUGUUCUCGCUAAUGGGACACCCCCUAACCAAAGGAUUUUCGCUGUCGUCCAACCUCAAAUCCGUAACAUACAUACUUGGAUCUUGCGCGCUCUUAGACAUGAUCCAAAGCCCAACACGAAUAGUCUUUACAACUGUAAUCUCUUGUCGUC